GCAACCAAAGAAACUUCAUUUAAUUAUCACCUGCAUUCUCCACUUUCCCGUCUUUUUACCAACUCUUGAUUGAAAUAAGUUUUGCUAUGACUUUUUUCAAAUUUAUCCCAUUUUUCGCUACAAUUGCUGUGGUUCACAGCAAUGUCGGAUUCAUCCAUUUCAAUCAACCAAUUCCAAGUUUUUUGCAAAGCAUGUCACUCAAGGCUCAAUAUGAUUAUAAAGUGAUCCUGGAGAAUGAAACAAUUGCAGUUGACUUGAAAAACACCGGAUUCGAGAAGUGGGCUGAGACUUAUAAAGUGACGAGCCAAUAUGCCCAGUACCAAAAAGACCAAAAAGUCAGUAAAGCUCAAAUGGAAAGUAACAUCACUCAAUUGAUCUCGAAAUUAUCCAGUGUCAACUCCCAAAUCACAAAAAUCCUCGACAAUAGCUCGCUGGGUGUGAAAGAGCAACGAGAGGCAGUGGAUGAGCUUGAAGAGCAGCAAGAUGAAAAGGAGAUCUCAACGAUUCGCUUCAUCCGUCAUUUGUUCAAUCCAAAGGAUGCACUAUCCGAUAAGAGAUCUGUCUAAUUUCUCUGCGCCUCGCUCUCUCUAAUAAAUUGUUAAUAAUGAAAU